AUGACAAACACAGUCUAUAUCUGGUGCCUUUGCCGACCUCCCGAGAGGCAUUUAAGCUACGGUCACUCAAUAUGUGAUAUAUACGCCGCUUCAUUUAGCCUUCCUCUUCCAAAAUCGGAUACUCAAAUCCGGCUAGAUUAUCUUUUUAAUAAUAGCGGAGAAUUAUUAGUGAAUAUUAAACCACCAACAGCCGGAGUGAGGCUUAUAGGCAUUAAUAGUGGUGGUGCGCGAGGUGUAACGCCCCUCGAGUUCCUAGGUGAAUUACAGAAAUUACUUAGAGAAUGUCCAAUCCACGACAUAAUUGAUCUUACACUUGGUACAAGUUUAGCCAAAUUCCAUCAAAAGUGGCCUGUCUCCUAUUAUGCUAGCGUGUUUGAGACUCUUACCCGUCGAUGUUUUUCAACCUCUAGCUCCGCCUUAGGUCGGUUAAAAGCGGUAGUCAAGUAUAUAACUAGCGAUGCAAUAUACGACGAGCGAUUUCUAGAAGGUGCCCUUUAA